AUGGAGCAAGCUUCGAACAUUGAUGAAACUCGAAAACUCCGCCAACUUAUCCGCCAUGCCAGCGGUAAGUUCUGGACACUAAGCGACUCUGUUCGUGGUUUGAAUGGCCGCUUUAUUGCUGACAACUCAACCAAGAUCGAGCGCUUGCGUGAGCACUUCAAGCAACAUCUCAACCACUUUACGCAAGCCACCACGCACUUGCUCUCCUAUGCAGCAGAGUCUAUUCCCUCUAUAACCUAUGCAAUGUCAUACGAACCCCUUCUGAAGAAGAAGAAGAAGAAGAAGAAGAAGAAGAAGAAGAAAAAGAAGAAGAAGAAGAAGAAAUUGCCGAUGCCAUACAAAGGCUAG